AGUUUUUUUUUUUAAAGCGGUUCUAGUUGGGUGUUGGUAAAACACGGACUGCGUAAUUCCGGUGGUAAUUUGCAAACCAAUCCUUGCAAAUCUUGAAAUGGACCAAUCACAAUCGUUUAUUUAGGCCGCGGUCCGUAGUCCACAUUCCGCGUUUCACCCACACCCGUUCUUGUUCGCGAUCAACCAAUCAGCGAUCGUUUGACUAGGAAAACAUCUGUCAUGGCGUCCCUGCCAACAUGGUCUAAUUCUUCAACAACACCAAAAAGUGAUGAAACGGUGCCUACUAAACAAGUAUUUUAUUAGCGGCAGCAAAUCAAAUGAUGGCACAGGUGAGUGAAUCACAUUGAAUCACCCAAUAACUUGCGUUGUCAUUUAUUAUUUAAUAAGCACAAUGUUUAUUCAAUCAUGAAUGUACUUUUAUUUAUCAAGGCAAAGUGCCCACCAAGAAGUCUCUUGACAAUCCAGAUUUCCACGCAACGUCAUGAUCUAUGUAGGAAAACAACUACAAGAAAUGAUAAUCAUUUCAUCUUUAUUUGAGAUUCUCAUGUGAUGCCACAAAAAUGAGAUGAUAUCAUUAUGGCAGUCUUUUCAGAAUUAUCCAAUAUCACUUUUUAUAAUUAACAUUUAUUAAUCAUCAUUUGCAGAUAUUAUGUCAAUAUCCACGUAUACGUGGACCCAAAUAUUCCAAUUGCAUUUGGUUUAUUUGCUCAAACGGAAAGAAUUUAACCUUUGUAUACGCCUCAUUCCGAAAGAAUAGUGCCAAUCCGAAUGAAUAUAUAAUCGGAUUAACAGGGGUGGAAUAUUCCUUUCCCCAAUCCGAUUGAGGUAUCUUGUAGCCGCUCAAACGGAAAGUUGUCAGGGUUCGUUCUUCUUCUUCUGUACUUUAUUGGCGGUCGGCAAGCAGCUUUCGUGUGCAUUAGCGCCAUCUGUGGAACAGAAUCUAAACCCUUCUAUACGCCAUUCAUAAGUCCAUAAGUCAAAAGAAAAUAUAUAUCUAUAUAAAACAUGUACCCAGUUGAAUUAUAAAAUAUUAGCAAGCUUGAAUUUGAUCCUUUUCCUGGUUAAAUUGAUCAUAUCGCAUGCUCAGAUAUGACGUAACACGCAGCUCCAGACGUUCUUCAGUUUUAAAAAUGGAGGCCAGCAAUCGGCACUGGACUGAUACGGAAAGUUUGUUUUUGAUUCAAACUAAAUUUCAAGACUGGACAAACGAAAAACUGGCAAUACGGAAUUAUUCCAACAAGUGAAAGAACAACUCGGGGAAGUCAAUAUCACGUGAUGUUGGUGUUUACGUUUUACUGGGCAUGCCCCGUUGACUAUUCUGGUUGAUUAUAGCGACGCAUGUAGACAAGAGAUUGGAAUAUUCCUUUCCAUGUAUACCAUUGUUUCCGGAAAAGUCAUUGGGAAAGAGAAAAACUCCUCAUGUAAACAUGGCUACUGUGGAGUGUCCGUGGUGUAAAGACUGGCAGAGCAAUGUAAUAUCGGUCCGUGUGGCAACACCUAGCUCCUUCCUCCUAUAGACUUAGUGAUGUUUUCCAAUGUAAACAAACGUGCCGUGGCUCAAAAAAGGUUGAAAACCACUGGUUUACUUCAUAGCAGGAAACACAAUUCAGUGGGCAAUGGUUAACUUUUGGUGUCCUGCACCGCAUUCCGAUGUUUGUGCAGUGACACUAAAAGUACACUAUUUUAUUGUUGUAUUAUAUAUUUGUGUACAUUUGUCAAAUAUUUACAAAGCAGCAAGCUACCUAUUAAAUUAUCCUCACUUUCCUGCAAUAAAGUUAGAAUUACUAAAGCACUGGAAUGUAAUGUUGGAGCUAAUGUUGUUGCCUGAACCAAACAGACUAGCAUCACCAGGGCUACAGUCUGCAUAACUUCUUACCAAGCAUUCAAGGAUAUUUAUAUAUUACAUUUCACGGACAAUGACAUCAUUCCUUGAUUCUGCAUGCUUUUAAAGCAGCUCAUUUUUCCUCCACUUCUCUUUUGUUGCCCUCCAUGUCUUCAACUCCACUUGCUAGGUCAAGAAAUGGAGCCGAGGUAGAGGUAAAGCAGAGAUUUACUAAGGGUGGGGCUUGUUUAACGUGAUCCAGGCAGGACUCUUGAGCGUGCAUCUGCAGGACAUUAGCAUUCUUAUUUAUCCUAUUCAUGUUUUUUGGCCGUAUCUUACAUCUGCAAAGUGUUGAAAUAUUGCGACAGAAGAACCACAUGCACGUAGGUGGAUGCGUAUACAGAUUCUGUCCAGCUGACUUGCAGAGCCCAGAUGUGUUUUUUUUUUUUUUUUUUUGCAGUGUUCCUCAUCUGUGAUCUUUUUGAGUCAUACUGUUGUGUGUGCAUAAAAGUGAAGCACAUCAUGUGACAUAUAGCGAUGCAGCCGAGGAAGGUCAAGAUUAACCUGAAACGACCUCCAAACGCAAAAACGCGACUGUCACGGGACACUCAGAAGAUGGAGAGAAGAACAAGAAGGGGUUAUGAAACUAAGGAAGGUGGGGGUGUGUGUGAAGAUAUAAAUAUAGCGCUAGUAAUGGAGUCCUGGUGUGUUUUAAGAGAUGCAGCCAAAAGAGAAGAAGCCAAAAAAGAUUGUGUGUGUUUAUGUUUGUGCGUUUCCUUUGCACACUUCAGGAUGCAUGGAGGUCCGUUUAAAGUCGGGAUAUGUGUAGGAAUUUCACCUUCGAGAGGCUUUUAUGUACCUUUUUAUGUACUAUCCUGGAUUGUUGCCUAAAAAACUGAUUUAUUAAACAGGAAACUUAUGAAACGCAGCAAUUUGCACUGUCCAGAUGCAGAUAAUUUAGCACCCACAAGUGAUUCAAUCUGUUAUUGUGUCCAAAGAGAGCCGCUUGCCUUCAAAAUUACCAGCGUGAAGGAGAAACUGCGUGUGAACACGGAAAAUCCCACACUAAAAAAUAAAAAAUAAAAAAAACAAAUACCUAUGACUAAAAAGAGAAAACACCGAAAUGGCUUUGAGUGAAUCAGGAACAUAUCACAGGGCCAAAGCACACAUUGAACAUACCACUUCUCCUAAAAGCUACAUACAAAACAGACGUUGUGUGAAAAACUAGGAUAUUUAGAUUCAAGACUCAAAGAAAUUCCUCCAUGUCCAGCCUAGUGGUACCAUUUCAUUCUUAAUUUGUUCCAAAACAACUGGCAACUUAUGAAAACCGAAACUAUUUUUCCCAUUAAUUCAUUCCAGACACUCAAAAAUAUUAAAAGUACAUUUUAUAGAGAAUAAUGGCACUCUUACAUGUAUAAAACAAUGUAAAAUAAUUAUAAAAGACAAGGGAUAAAUUAACAGUAUCAAUUUUUACGGAACUUUCUUUGGACCCGUGACGCAGUCACGCACAAUAUUGAACAAUUAAAAGAGACAGUGGUCGGCAUUUGAGGUGAAAUUUGGCGAAAAGUUAUGUUUAACGAGCCCUUCUAUCGUAGGUGUACACCUCCCAUGGACCAACAGUCAUCAUGCCGACAUGGUUCUGUUCAAGACGUUGGUUCUCAACGGUUGGAUGGUUUAACGAGGAAAACAAGGGGGUUCCCGAGGAUUUGAUCUUCUUUUACCAGUCUCUUCGUCAAGGAGGGGGUGUGGCAAGAGUCGACCAGUGCCUGGUGGUGUACCGUUACCACGAAAAGGCCACCACACACUCCGUCAAAGAGGAAACCAUUUGGAACCUGCGAGUUGGAUUCCUCCAGGAGAGGAUCAUUAGCCAAUGGGGGAGUUUCACUAUAUGGAAUGCUGGGAAACAAGGCCGCAAACUGUACCGUUGUCUCAACGCCGCCAAUCAGAAGAAAGUCAAAGCUUUCUGCGAUGUGGACAAGAACAAGAUCAAUAAAGGAUUUUACACCUAUGAAGACUCCGAGGAACAACCAAAGCCAAAGAUUCCCAUUCUGCACUAUAAAAAUGCAUCCCCCCCUUUUGUUAUCUGCGUCAAACUGGACAUGACAGGCGGCAUUCUGGAGGAAAACCUCAAGUCACUGCAGUUGAAAGAAGGAACAGAUUUUUUCCAUUUCAACUGACUGUUGGAAGGAUACUUCAGAGACUGACUGGUGCAUCACUUUUUUCAUUUUACAAUUCCAAACACAACAUUAUACGGUUUCUGUUUGGCUUUUCACCAGUGCCCCAAUUUCGUUAGGUGGUGAUGUCAAAGGUUCCGGUGGGCUGUCUGUCAGACAGAGUCUGUGACGGGUGACAGCCGGGUGCACGAUUUUCCUUGUCGGAUGUACAAGUCAUAGAGGGAGAAUUUUACGCUACGCACAGCUGAAGGCUUUCGGUCUUGACUUGUAAUCGCAGCUGUCUGCAAACUUCCUCAAAGCAAUCGUCCUUGAAAUGCGGCAAACAUGACGACGAGCAGCUCUUUGGUCUCCUUGCAGGAUGUCCUAAUGUCACAGGUCAAGGCGCUACACAGCAUAGAGGCUGUCUUUAAAAAAGUUUUUUAUGUCAAUUUAUAUGUAUUUUUACACCAAAACUGUGUGCUAUUUUCUCAUAUUAUCCGUAUUGAUGACAUUUUAAACAAACCUUUGCUCAGUUUAUGUGAAUAAGUCAUUUUGCCGGAGUAGCUGUUUCCUGCAAACAUGGAGCGAACAUGCAUGGAAGCUGGUUUACUUUUGGACAGAAGCCUACCAGCUGUUGCCAGUGUUUGUCUCCUGCUUAGCUAACAUGUACAUUCAGUUCGAGAUUCAAAAUGUGAUCGGUGAUCAGGACAAUUACGGUCAUGUCAUCAGGAAACUCGAUAAUGGGGAUGCAAUCGUGUUUGAAGAGGUUGUGCAGCAAAAACCUGAGCUCACAGUUCUUGUGUCCGAUCUGCUGGUGCCAAUUCUGACUUUCUGGGGUCUGUCUGCAUGCAUAGAUGCAGGACCAUAUUUUGUAUGUUCAUGGCUCCAAGAUGGAAAUACUGGUCAACCCCCCCAACCGUUCACUCAUUCCUUAUCUUAAUGUUAAACAAACAUUGUUUCGAGAGGACAUGAUAAUUACAGAUAUAAAUUAUUGAAGCUUGUAUAGACAUUUAUGAAAGAUGUGUGGGAGUGCAUACUGUAUAUCAUCACAACAUCACAAGGUUAUACUGGGUGUGGCAUUUGCUACACAACACACACACACACACACAUCUGCUCCAAACAUGGACACCGCGUGUGCUUAUUUGGCGUUCUCUUAGCUCCCUAUGAAAUAAUAUUCUCUCCAAGAGAGCACAGCCCUGAUACAUAAACACUCACAAAAAGUUUAUUUUGCCUCACAGAGUGUGGCAGGUUGUAGCCUGCAGCCAAACAGACCUUUAACCACAACCUUUCUCUAAACCUGCUGCUUGCAGGGGAGGCUGUAGCGACACUACAGAAUUGUUGUGUUCACUGAAUAGCCAUGAUACCACUAACAGUUUAUGACACAAAAAAAAAAACAUAGAUGUGUUUUCCACCUGAUAUCUAUAUUUGGGGUUUUCAAGUUGAUUCUUUGUUUGGUCUCUGAAACCAAAACUGACCAAAGACAACAAAAAGUAUCCGUCACUGAGCCAGUCCACAUUUUUGGUCCGAGAUGAUGCACUUCAAUGGAUAGCUUCUCUUGUAUAGUACCACAGAUAGGUAUAUAUUAAUAUACUAGAUAUGAAUCCAGCAAACGGUGCUGUCUCACAACAAGUCUAUUCACUCAAUAUUCUCCAGCAACAAGAAAUUAUGUUAUGUAAACGCAUAUUUUGUAAAACUGAAUUUAAGAUGCAUGUAAAGGGGAACUAUUAUGCUUAUUUUUCGGCCUUUGUAUUGAGUUGUCGACUCUGUCACACAAUAACCAGCAAAGAAAGCUUUCUAGUUCUUCCAGAAUGUGAACCUAUUCAGCAGUAUUUCUUCGGAUUUUGUGCUCCCUGCGAGAUUCCAACCGCAGCCCGCAACCACAGUUGUUAAACAGUACAGGAGGUGACAAUAAACAACAGUGAUUUAUCUUUUCAUAAUGUCGGCUUUUAACAUACAGCCAUGUGUUGGAUCCCGAAUCCGAUCUGGAAGUGGAGACACGACGGUACGAAGUUUAUCAAGAAAAGAGGUUACUUCAAGACGUCUCUCAAUGGUAAGUACCUUAAACAUUUUAGCGUUUUUAGGUUUUCUACACCAUCGGUAAUGUCAUUGACAGAUUAAAAUGCAUUUCUUUUACUGGUAGACUUGUUUCUGAUAGUGGCGUCUUUAGGAAUUGUAAACAAAUGUGGCUUUCCCUUAUGAGCCAUUGCUAGCAACGUAAACAGAGAGCGGUGGAGGGCAGCAAGCUUAUCUGGCUUACAGCCACGCCCAUAUAAGGAAUUCUGCUCUUCUGUGACACACAAAGGGGCAGUUUUGCCACGUCUUCUGAAACCGAGCGUUUUGAACCAUCCCAAACUUCUUUCAGGGCUCACUUCCAAAGGCGCAAACCUCAUUAACAGAAACUUUGCCAUCAACAUUGUAACGACAUUUUAAUGUCAGAAAAGUGGAAAAAGCGUAAUAGGUCCCCUUUAAUAACUAUGAGAGGAAUAUCAUUACAAAAAUAGAUAUUUUUAGGGCUUUUAUCAGUGUGUCCGUUAUCGUUUUUUCCCAUUCGCAUCAUUUUUCACCCUUAUCUAUGUACAUAUUUAACAGGAAUAUCAUAGGGAAAAUCCUGGAAAGAAAAGCAAUGAUGGGGCAAUGUUGUCACGGCAACAGUACCAGCUACCAGUUUGAGUCACCUUUGUUUUGGAACAGUAGAUUUUCCACUUUUUCAUUGUAGUUGCAGUAAACUGUGAAAAACGUAGCAUUGAUCAGUCACAAAGAGAUACAGCAACAAUAGGCAGGGCUCUACAUUAAAAACAAAAAUGACUUGCCCAUGGGGAAUCCUUAAGAUGACAACUACUUGCCCGAACUUGCCCCAUGUAAAAUGAAUGUUUCAUCAGUUUUUGGUGUUUUCCUUCAGAAAUUGUUGAAGAAUUAGACGAUGUUGGCAGGGACGCCAUGAUAGAUGUUUUUGUAGUGAAACGAUCGCUGAUUGGUUGAUCGUGAACAAGAAUGGGGGUGUGGGUAAAACGCGGACUGCGGUCUAAAUAAACUAUUCUGAUUGGUCCAUUUCAAGAUAUGCAAGCAUUGGUUUGCAAAUUACCACCGGAAUUACGCAGUCUGUGUUUUACCAACACCCAACGAGAACCGCUUUUAAAAAAACUCUUCGCAGUAUGGCAUGCCAAAGUGUACUUGCCCGAUGAGAAUAUCACUGAUUGGAUUUACUUGCCCGAAUUUUGCUUUAACUUGCCCCGGGCCAUCGGUACAUCGUUAUUGUCGAGCCUUGAUAGGUUCCUGUAUUAAGACGUAUGGCUGUUCGAGAGGACGCUGAUGACAGCAACAAAACAGACUAUGGAGUUUAAU